CACUGACAGAAGAGUCUUUGAAGAAGAACAUUCAGAGAAAGGCCGUCCUCGUCCUGUUCGUCCUUUCGUCUUCGUCCCUUGGCCGGCUGUCUCGCUUGGCCUAGCCCAUUGGCCAAGCCCUCCCCCAGGCCUGUUCCUCCUCCCCCAAACUCCUCCUCCUCCUCCUCCUCCUCGUCUUCCUCCGUGUGGGUCUUGUUGUUCAGCCUUGAACGAACGUUGCUGACUCUUGAUCUCGAAAUACAGAUUGAUCAACUCACCUCUGAGAGAUCGAUUGGCAGAGACACGGAUUGACCCACUCAAUCCAUCUAAUCCAGGACGAUUGGCUGCCAUUUCAGGUCAUCAUCAGUGCCAUCAUUAGCAUCAGGAAUAUGAGUGACAACGAGAGCAAGGCCAACGCCUUGGUCCAAGAUGCCGAGAAGAAGCUCAAUUCAUCCAAGUCCUUCUUGGGCGGACUCUUCGGCGGUCAAAAUAAGGUGGAUGAAGCUCUGGAGAUGUAUAAUCGAGCCGGAAAUCUGUACAAGAUGGGCAAGAAGUGGUCGAGUGCGGGCAAUACGUUCGUAACCGUGGCCCAACAUCACGUCAAAUUGGGUAACAAACACGAUGCAGCCACCAGCUACGUGGACGCGGCCAAUUGUUACAAAAAGUCCGACCCUCAGGAGGCCGCCAACUGUUUGUCGAAAGCCGUGGACAUCUAUACGGACAUGGGUCGGUUCUCGAUUGCUGCUAAGCAUCAUCAGACCAUUGCCGAGAUCUACGAGAACGAGAUUGCCGAUCUCGAAAAGGCUAUGCAACACUUUGAAAUGGCCGCUGAUUUCUUUCGAGGCGAGGAGAGCAAUUCUUCAGCCAAUAAGAACAUGCUGAAAGUGGCUCAGUAUGCGGCCAAGCUGGAGAAUUAUGAGCGGGCCAUUCAAAUCUAUGAACAAGUGGCGUCGUCAGCCCUAGAGAGCUCCUUGCUGAAAUACAGUGCCAAGGAGUAUUUCUUCCGAGCUUCUCUCUGUCAUCUGUGUGUGGAUGCCUUGAAUGCCCAACAUGCGAUUCAAAAGUAUGAAGAACAAUACCCAGCCUUUGCCGACUCCAGAGAGGCCAAGCUGAUCAAGGCAUUGUGUACCCACAUUGAGGAGCAGGAUGUGGAUGCUUUUUCGGAAGAGGUGAAGAGUUUCGACAGCAUUUCCCGUUUGGAUCCCUGGUACACGACACUCUUGCUCAGGAUCAAAAAGGCGAUUGCCUCUGAUGAUUUGUGUUAGAUGGUGCGCUCUAUUACUUACAAAUAUGAUAAAAACACUUUUUAUUACUUUCCACGACAUUCGAACUCGAAUUUCUUGUCACUAGUUUUUAAAUUCAUUCCUCCGAAACUAUUAUUCCUCUAUUCCAUUCGUUUCUGCGACAUCACGCUGAUCUCUUCAAAUUUUAACAAUGACCUCUACGUUGACAUUGAAUCGUUAGAAUGCAGAUCAGGUCUGGCUGGGCCCCCAUGUUUUAAGCUUUUACUUUAUCCAAAGCAACCCCCCUCCCCUCCCCCAAAACUCAAUGACCCACCCACACAUGAAAAGUUAUUAUGAAAUCUGAGUGUGAGGAUCCGUGUUGGAUUCAAUGCAACCUUGAAGGGAGGAUGUGAUUCCGUUAUGCAUCAUAAUAUUCAAUAUUAGUUACAUCAUCGAACGACGUGAGGUUCGAACGUCAUUCACGUAGUACACUAAUUACGAUGAUUCUGCGAAUAAACUGCAAAGUUGUUAAGU